ACUUCCGCUGGUCAGAGGGCAGCAAAAUGGCUGCCGUGUUAGGUCGAUAACAUUUGUACCCUAAUGUUAACCUAGACCGCAGAUUUCAAACUCAAAUGCUCUCAUUAAGCGUUACAUUUAGCAUCUAGGAAUCGGCACCUGUUCCCACAUUUAGACGCUGACAUGUUCCAGGUAAUCGGCGGGAGGAGCGUGCAGGUGGCGCGGCUCUUAGCGCCCAGGAGCGCCGUGCUCGUGGAAGCUGUCCGGGGCCGAAAGUCUCGCACCGACCCGGUAGCCAAGUCCAAAGAAGGGCGAAUUAAAGUGCCUCCCCCCGUCGAUCCGGUGGAGAUGGUAGUUCUCAAAGAGAGAUACACGGAAUACAAGCUGAUCAUGAGGGCGCUCCGUUUGGAGUUUAAGGAGGAGGUGCUACGAAAGAAGUACGAGGAGGAGACGGGCUCUCAGGCGGAGGAGAGGGCGAGGCAGGAGGCGGAGGAGCACCGAGCCCUGAUGGGCUGGAACAACGAGGAGAACCUGCGCAUGCUGAAAGCCAGAAUUCUGAGGGUCCAGAAAGAAGCAGAGGAAGCUGAGCGCAAGAAGAUUGAAGCUGCCAUUCAGAGGGAACAGGAACAGCAAGAAUUCAUCAAAGAAAAAGAGAGGGAGAUUUUGCAGCUGCAGGAGGAAGUAAAGAACUUCAUCACCACGGAGAACUUGGAUCAACGAAUCGAGGAGGCACUGGACAAUCCAAAGAAUUACAACUUUGCCGUUAACAAAGAAGGGAAAGUCAUCAAACAGACAGUCCUGCAGUGAAACGACUGGAUGCACAGACAUGACUCUGUUGUGGUCCGGACUAAUCCGGCAGUUCAGUGAUCCAACUCCCUCUGGAGGAGCAUUUCAACACCUUUAAGCUGGAAAAAAAAUCUUCUUUUAAAAAACAUUUGCAGCGUGGCAUCAUCCGCUCACAGCUGGACCUAGUAGUUUCACCUCAAGGUCACACAGCCUUUAUUUUCCCCAUGUGUCUGCUUCAUAUGGUCCCUUAUUUAAGUCAUGCGUCACCACAACAUGUGAUCAUUGCUGGCAUUUGUCAUGAGUUUUAGGGUAAAUUAAUGUAAACAGCAUUGAAACGGCUGCUGAAGAACAGGACUUCAUUUUUCUGCUUCAUUUUGGAGGCUAAGGCCCAUUACACAUGGUCAGGAUCUGUUUAUAUUGACUUCAUGAUGAUAACUGGUCUUUAUGUUGAACCAUGGUAUUAAAAUGCAUUUUCUUACCUUGAUUGCACAUGAAAUUUAAUCUGAUUUCAAUAUGCACAAAACUUAGGCGGGUCUCUCCCUAAAGGUUCAAAACCCCGAUCUGUGCAAGUACAAUCUGAGGUUCAAUGUUAGCUCUACAUUUCCUGUGUCAGGGAUUAUAGUCCAGUGAAAUAAUUAGCACGACUCAACAAUGGUGCAUUCUGCAUGCUGAGUAGGAUAUUGAGUCGUAUUAUAUACAUGCAUGCAUCCUCUGGUAACACUGAGCAAGAGGUCUCAUCCCAUGUACCGCCAUUCUGAGAUAAUGUUACCUGAGAGAACUUAGAUUAAAUCGGCUCAAAAGUAAAGCUCAGUCGCACAAGUAAAAAUAGGACAGCAGCUUCCAUGUAGCUACACAAACUAUAAAUGAAUACAUUAGUGGCUUGCGGUGACUAAAUGUUUGUUCACGAUCCGACUGAGCCUCUGUCAGUGACAGCAACUCCAGGGGUUUCGACUCAACUGGCUACCAGCUGAUUGUAUUCUGGUUAUGUUCCUAUACAAGAGGAAGGUUGCUGAGUGGAAAAGUAAUCGUUACAUGUGAAUUUCUGUCUAUGCAGACAGAUUGCCAAAUUGUUUGCCAAUAGAAGCCUGAUUCCAUCUUACAACAACAUUCAUGGCAGUUUUGGUGACAAUCUUAUUUGCCAUCCAAAAUACAAAAACCCAAAACUGAAGUGAGAUAACGUUAUGUCACUGGGUAAAACAGAUUCUGACUAAAUUUAACCGAGGACAUA